AUAAAUUUAAUAAUAAUAAAUAAAAAGAAAGCCACAGGCCUGUAAAUUUUAUUUGUAAAAAGCAUUUCUAUUUUUAUACAAAAUUUUUACUGCCUCAGAAAUAAUGGAAGUUAUUUAUUGCCUAUUGUUAACUUAUUGGAUACCUAAAGAGCAGCUCUCUAUGCUAGCUAGAUACUUUGAAGUAGUCUCUAGAGUAAUUGUGCCAAGAAUGGGCGCUUUUUCACCGUUGAACCCUGCACCCUUUACAGUUCAUGCUUUUAUCCUCUUGUUUGUAUUUGUCUGGUUAUUUUGUUUGUAGUUUCCAUUAUCUAGUUUAAAGUUCGGUUGUCUGACUUUUUUCUUCCCCCUCCCCGUUAUGUCACAUUUGUUGAAAACGGUUCUUUCCUCUCCUCCUCUCCCCAAAGAGGAAUCCAUCUUCUCUAACUCCCUUACGAUGGAUUCAUUUGGGGUUUCAUUGUGCUGUUGUUGAUGAGUAUUGUAAGUUAAUGCAAAUUAUGUGGAUGGCUCAUAGAUUCUAAUGAUGAAAGAUUUGCAUUAGUUUUCUCCUGCACCCAUAAAAGUGAUUUUGUUUCUGCUGCAUAGACUCUAUGUAACUUUUUCCUCUUCCUUGUUUUUUCCCUAGACAUCUCCAUGCCCGUUAGUUCAUCGUUUGCCUAGCAUGUCCCUGUGGCGUCUCAAAAAAAAAAAAAAAAAUAAGUUUCAUCGUCCCGUCAUUGUUUCUGAUGUCUUUCUGACCUCACAUCAUAUUUGGUUCUCCUACUGACCUUUGAUCUAGUUUGACCUUUGAAAUUUGCAUGUGACCUCAUCUAGCUAUGAAUUCUGGGAAGUCAAUGUGAAAAAACAUUGCUGCAUUCAUGCAAGACUGAAAUUUAUUAUUAGACAAAUUAAUGAUAGGAUUUAAAAAAAAAAAACAAAAAAAAACCAACCUGUGGCAAAAAUGUUUUUUCUUUCUUCUUUUCUUUUUUGGUUUUUUUUUUCUUUUUCUUCUUUCUUUUCAUAUAUAUAUAUAUAUAAAAAAAAAACAGACUUGAAAGUAUUAUACAGGGAUUGGCAUUCUGCCUGGUCACUGGUGACAAUAGCAAUAUGUGUCCAGAGGCACAGAAUGUUGGUUUCUAACAGACUACUUCCAAAACAGUUUGAGAAAAAAAACUGUCUGAUUUUAAGUCUCUAGAGGUCUGUAAUAGUUUUUACAUUUUUCAGGCAGUGUAAAGUUUUUUGAUAAGGCCAUUUUAGGUGGCUCACUUUCUCAUUAAAAUAUAUAUAUAGAACCACUUUUUGUAGAUUAGUAUAAGAAAAUAUUUACCCUGUUUUAGGGCAAAUGCUACCUAUUUGUGUCACCUUUUGCUGAACUGACUCACAGUUAGACAAUCCAUGGUUUAAUGCACAUGAAAUUACCUAUAUUUUAUACUGUUCAAUGUACAGAAGAAAGGUUACUGUAAACUGUGUUACGUUGGUGCUUCUGUGAAUUAAGUUGUGGUUUCAUCAUGAGUCUUAUGGUCUUAAGUGUUCUAUGUUUAUAAAAGAGGAGUUUAAAAUUGGUUUACUUGAACAACAACAAAAAAGGAGUUUCAAAAAACACAAAAAAAAAAAGUUGUUUGCUUAAAAAAUAAAAAAAAAAAUGAAUUUCAUGUGAAAAAAAUUUAAAACUAUUCCAGAAUAAGUUUGUGUUGGCUUGUGACGCAUUGAUGUCAUUUUUUUAUUGUGGACAAUUUAGAUGUGUUUGUGUUCAGCAAAAUGUGAUCGGUUUUUCUUUUAAAGAAAAAAAAAAAUCAGUGAAAAUUAUAGUGCCAAAUUCCAAAGGUACUUUCUUCCUAGAGCUUCAGUGUGUUUCUUGUGUGAAGUAAUUUGAUAACAUGGGUAUUUUAUUAUGUGUUUUGUAUAAAUCCCUAAUAUUUAAAGAAAAAAAGAGGUUAAAAAGUUUGUUAACUUGCUAUCCUGUGGUCUUGUUGCCUGAAAUUGUUAUUGUUUGUUAUUUCUCUUUGAUGUUUUUUUGUAAAACAUUGUAUAAGUGCCCAUGUUUCACUUUUUUAACCACUCUGCACAUCAAUGCUGUGAAAGCAAACCUCACAAUGUAUUUUCUUCAUAAUGUAUGGAAACCUCUAAGGUGAGAAAGUUUUGAACUUUUAACCCUUUCCACCCAGAGCUGUCUUGAGUGUUAAUACCUUUUAUACAUUCACCAUUUUGCUGUUUAUUUUUAUAUAUAUAUCUAUAUCUAUAAAUAUAUAUAUACUUAGUUUUUUGUGGUUUAUUUAAUACAUGGUUGAAAUCAGAAAAAUGCACAGGGCAGAUCUGAAGGACAAAAAAAAAAUAUUUUACUGCUGUCUAAAUUUCUUCUGUAUCUAUAACUAAAAUUAUUUAAAACAGUAAUUAACUUGUGGUUUUCCUUUUUAGAUUUUGGGGAUUUUUGUCUUUUCUUAAAGAGCUUUUAAUAUGCUGCUGGAAUAUGCUAUUCAGUAUUAAUAAAAUAAAAUAAAAAAACAAUUCUUUAAUUAUCUAUUGUGUGAGCUGCUCCCAAACCGGGGCAGCAAAGCCACCAUUUGAAAAACCUUGAGGGAAAAAAAAAAAAAAGAUAUUUUUGUAACUAAAUAAAUGAACUUUUGCUUAAAUCAGAUUCACUAGAUCUUCCUGGAUGAAAAUUCAAUGUGCACUGCAAUUAAACUACUUUUUAGGGAAUAAAGUUUACAUACACUGUAACACGUGGUGUUAGUUGCCAUUAUCUGUAAUGACAAGAUACAGCCCCCCCCAUCCUCCAGACACUGAUGUACCCGAGUAACUUUACUCGUACCAGUAGUCAGCGGAAAUGCGUAUGUGGCUUAAGUGGGUGUUUGCUAGAUGGACUCCUCUAUAAGGAACCUGAAAACAAAUGCUGGUAGCCCUUCACUGCCUUUUCAGUUUGAUUAGAUCGCACGUCUCCUGCACAAGUAGUGAGCAGUGGCCAAAUCUGGUUCUUUGCUACUGGCAGCUAGAAUCCAUUGCCAGUCCAAGGCGUGCGAGCAGCAGUCCCUGCUGCUGAUAUCAAAGUGCCAUACCUUUUUCCAUGACCUAUUCCUAGCUGAUUACUUUCAAAGCCUCUUAAUAUUAAUAGGAAAGCCCGAUACAAACAAGAUGCAAAACGCAAGCGGUGCACCCUGUCUCUUGCCCACAACUUAAAUGCUUGUUUAUGGAGAAGCCCUGGGAUGGAAAGGACUAGCCUCUAGUGAUGCAAAAAAAAGUUUUCUUCUAAUAGCACAUGCACUUAUAAAUAAAUGAUCUAUUCUCACGUGUUUUUACUACUGCUGGGGCCUUCCUAUACCCUUUGAGGGCUAUUUUGUACUUCUUGCAGCAAUUCUGCAUCUUCAGAGUGUCAUUUCUCUCGCACCCACACACGCACACACACAUUGUAUUAUAUAUAUGCACAUAUAUAUAUAUAAUAUGAGACUCUCAUUUGAAUUUCUUAGACUCACUAAUUUUUCUCAUUUUGCCCACCAUAUAAAUUCCCAAAGCUUGUUCAGAUCUUUUCAGUGCAGGAGGCCCCCGGGGAGAUACUGCAGGUUUAUGGUCCAGAUAAAAAAUGUUAAUGGGCUACUUCCUCAGCUGGUAUCUGUCAGUGUUGUUCUGUAGAUUUCAGAAAAGCUAAUCUGAAUUGCACCAGCCCGGUCUCUGCCCAAGCAUUUUUAGUGGAGAUUUUUUAAAAUAUUUUCAGGCAACAAAGAUGGGUCAUUAUUGGGAAAAGUUUGCAAAACAAAAAAAAAAUAAAGCGCGCGCACACAGGCAGACACACACACACACACACACACACACACACACACACACACACCAAGUUUAAACCUCCUUAGAGAUAAUCUAUCGCCCACUUCUCUUUCACAAUAUCGAAAGGGAAAAGCUGCAAGGGUGCAAGGGGCCUAACACCAGAGGAAGAAAAACAAGGGAAAUUGCUUUAAAAAAAAUUCUAAUCAAAAGAACAGACUAGUCAUUUUUUUCAAACAAAUUAGCUAAUUGCAAUGAAAUGGCAGUCCUCAAAGGAGUAACAAGUUCAUCUUUCUUUCACCAUAGGGGUUAUAGUUCCUUGGCUUGUGCAACUCUGGAAUCAUUUUACUGUUUCUGUUUUUAUUAUCUUAAGUGCUAAUUAACAAAAGGAAAAAAAAAAAAACCUGUAGUUUCAUUACCUUUUUGGAUAAUGUCAUACAAGAAAAAACUAUGUAUUUGUGUUUUUUUUGUGCUGUGAGAAUUGUUGUUUGUAGAUUAAUAAUACUAUCAUUUUGUUUAGAAUUAAAAACUAGUUUUUAAGUAUUGUCUGAGAAAAGCCAAAGUUAAUGCGACCUAGUGGAAGCUGUAAGACCAUUUGAGUAUCGUUUCUGUUUUAUUGAUGCAUUUGGAUUUUGUUGUUUGAUGGAAUUUGAGCCAAAAAAAAGCAGGCUUUCCUAUUUCUACAACUUGAUUGUACUUAUGCAUUUUGUACCAGUGGAACUUUUUAUACUGGAGAUUAAAAAACAAAUGGAAAUUUUUGUGGCUUACUCUUGUGGGCCCCCUGACCAUGGCUGAUUUUCGAGUUUGAUUUCUGGUUGGUAGAAAGAGAGUUGGUUUUGUUUAGAGAAUUAAAAACUUUGGCUUGAUUUCUUUUUUUCCCUUUGCUUAUAUCUAGUGUUUAGAAUUUUGUCUUUAAAACAAAAAAAGCAAGCGGUAAGUUUCACUUUUUAUUCUGUAUUGUGCAGUUACACAAUAAGGUAAUUAGAGUUAGGAGUACUCAGUCACUUUAUGUGGAUAAAUGUAUUAGUUAAAACUUUAGGGGUUUGCUUUUUUGCUGUUUAGAUCAGAGUUUUUUCUGAUUCUUCUGUCCUCAUUGUGAACAUAACCGUGUAGUUGAAACAGUCAGACUUAUUUUUGUAACGUAUGUUAUUGUGUGAUGCAGUUUUUUGCUUCUGUCUCCAAUAUUAAACCAUUUUCCUAAUA